GACAUUUCUUGUUCCACUUUCCACGCACCUGCUCUCUCUAUUUGCAGCACCAUAAGGCCCUCAUGUACCUCCAUAUUUCAUGACUAAAUAUCAAUCCUGGCAUCCCACUUUUCCAUUUACAAGUACAAAGAUAGGAGACAUUUUUUUGCCUCCAAUUCAGGAAGAGCAUUGCACUAAGCUUAUAUUCCGCUAAUAUCUGAAAAUUUGCCAAGUUGUCUUGAAAUACUCAGCAACUUACUGACAGUUCCAAAGAUUGGAAUAAAGCAGUGAGUUAAGAAGAGUGGUCAACCCUUUUGAGACUGUCUUGUUUCUAUGUUCCCCAGCUAGGGUAAACAUCAACUAUAGCCCUGUCCAGUCUCUUGACAACAAGGUUUUGGCGUAGUGUCCUCUGAAUGUGGCAUCCAUUGUGUGGACUUAUCAGAAAGUGGAUAAUUUGCUUAAAUUCACAGUAAGAGGUGGGGAGAAGGGAGCAAAGAAGGAAGAUGAAUAAGGGUUAGAGACAGGAAAAAAAUACAAAAUAGCACUUUCUGUGAAUCAUACAGAAGAAAAUACUUGAAAUACUGAGCUCUUCUAUCUUCAUUUGCAACCUUCAGGCUCAGUUCUACUUCUGGUGUGCAGUUACCUGAACUGACCAAGGCAUGAAUCUAAUCUCUCUCCAUUAACAGAACCUGACCUGCUGUUGAUGCUCUUCAAUUUGCAAUUGAAAACACUCUGCACUUACUUCAUUGCUUUAAUUCGUAAGAACUAGGAGCAGGAGUAGUCCAUCUGGCCCCUUGAGCCUGCUCCUCCAUUCAAUAAUAUCAUGGCUGAUCUGAUGAUGGACUCAUCUCAACCUACUUGUAUUUUCCCCAUAACCCUAAAUUCCCUUACUAUGCAAAAAUCUAUCCAACCUUGUCUUAAAUAUAUUUACUGAGGUAGCUUCCACUGUUGCAUUGGGCAGAGAAGUCCACAGAUUCACCAGUCUGGGAAAACCAGUUGCUCCUCAACUGUCAUAAAUCUACUUCCCCAAAUCCUGAGGCUAUGCCCCCUAGUAUUGUCUUGCCUACCAGCAGAAACAACUUGCCUGCCUCUAUCUUAUCUAUCCCACUCAUAAUUUUCUAUGUUUCCAUAAAAUCUCCUCUCCUCCUGAAUUCCAGUGAGUACAGACCCAAGCGACUCAAAUCUCUCCUCACAGUCCAAUACCGUCAUCUCUGGAAUCAACCUGGUGAAUGUCCUCUGCACUUCCUCCAAAGCCAGUAUAUUCUCCAAGGAAGGACCGGAACUGCACACAGUACACCAGGUGCAGCAUCACCUCCCUGCUCUUAAAUUCAGUCCCUCAGCAAUGAAGGCCAGCAGUCUGUCUUUUUGAUAGCCUGCUGCACCUACAAACCAACCUUGAUUCAUGCUCAAGCACUCCCGUCUCUCUGCACAGCAGGAUGCUGCAAUUUUUUACCAUUUAAAUAAUAAUCUUUUUCAUUUUUCCUUCCAAAGUGGAUGACCUUGCACUUAUCAGCGUUGUACUCCCCCUGCCAGACUCUUGACACUUAUCUAUAUCCCUCUACACUCUUCAUAUCUUCUGCACAACUUUCUUUCUGUCCAACUCGACCGGAUGAUACCCUACAGUUCUUCUACGGAGCAAGCCCGUCACAGCCAUCCCUCAUGUCUUUUCCUUUUCUCAGUUGCCUUAGCACCGUAGCUGCUUUCUGCUGUGUUCGAAGCUGACAGGUACCGCCUGGCUUGGUGAGUGUUCUGAAACUUGCUGACGCAGACAAGAUCGGCUGUUUAUCUGGACACGGAAGGUGAGUCUCAGCACCUCGCCCUCUGCCGCCUGGUAAACUGCAUUUAGCCAGCGCCGUCGCUGGGGGCGCAGUCUGGUGACGUUGUGUGUGACGGCUUCACCGUGCGACGUUGUGUUCCAGGAUGGCGGCGGGUCGCCUCCCGGUCGGCGUGCUCAGCUUUAAAGAGUUCAUGCACCGUAAAAAUGUCCUGGAUUUAUACAGGAAGAUUUUAAAAGCCAUUAAUCAAAUUCCAGAUGAAGGAGAUAAACAUUAUCUUAAAAACUGGGCUAGAGAAGAAUUCAAACAGAACAAAAAUGCUACAGAUCAAGAUACAAUACGGAUGAUGCUGACCCAUGGAAAUCUACAACUGCAGGAGCUGGAGAAAAUGCUUCGAUUAGCAAAAUGAAAGAAAGAACUUUAAGAUGACUUAAAAUGAAAUUUUACAUUACUCGUCAUUAUCUUCAGGCCCGUUUGGAACAUGUGCUUCUGUCCCUAAUGAAAUGCUUUCACAAGCUGGCAGUCUUCUGUAAGACAACCAUUUCAAAUGGCUUGUGAUCAUUCUGUUGGGUGUGGAAUUUUAUACUCUCUGGAAUAUAUCUGAAUUUAUAGUUUGCAAGACUUUGAGACAAAUAUGUGAAGAAACUAUGCAAGACUAAUUUUUGGAUAUUUCACUCCAUUUGCUUUGAAAGUGGAUGUUGUUCAACAAGCUUUUGAUCACAGCCAUCUACAGAUAUUUAUUAGGAAGGAAAUUUUACUAAAUUAUUUAGAGGGCUGUGUAUUAACACAUUGGUCUUUGGACUGAAGGUAAAAUUAACACUAGUAAAUGAUUGCACAAAUCUGGGCUGUCGUGCUAGGUAGUAUUUACAAGCUGCAAGAUAGAACAAUGUGUUAGGGGUAUACCGUCUGUGUAAAAUGCAUGGAUUCUAAAGGGAUUAUUCCAGUGCAACCUUCAUCAGGUUUCUGUUUUUAUUGUCUCUUCAAUAUGAAAGGUGCAAAGUUGAAAAUAUUAUUGUACUGAGUGUUUUUAUUUUAAAUGGAUACAUUAUUUGAUUUCUCCAGCCAUGGCUUUUGUGCAUUCUGUAGCAUGUGUGUAAUUAUAUAGUCCCAGCAUCUGAAUUGUCUUGUGUUUCCAGCUAAAGGGGAGCUAUGGUUUUCAUACUGUGAAAUCAUUACACAAAUGUAUAAACAACAGUCAGGUCCUUGUAUGUGCAAAGAAUUUCAGGACUUUCUUUAGAUUUCAGGGUAAUUCAUAUUUGAAGUUUAGUUGGUUCACAGAUGUUAAGGACCUUGCAAAUGUCAUGAUGGUCCAGUAAGGUUUGAUCUUCCCCACUUAUGCAAAGUGGAGGGAUAUUGUUACCUUACACUAGUUUGUGGCUCCUGUUUUAACUUAUUUAAGAGAUGGUGCAGAUUUUCAUUGGGGGUACUUGGGUUAUUUUGGCUUUUAGAAGUAGCUUCCUUAUAGUCUUAAUUCCUAAAUUCCAAAGAUCCUUUUCAGAUAAUUAAAGGGAAGUUGGAAAGUGGA